UUAUUUCCCUCUGAUUUUCUGGCCCUGUAUGGCUCUCUUCGGUGUCAGGGAUGUUAAUCCCACACUGACUACUGGGAACAGUUAUUAGUCCAGGCAGUCUUGUGCUUGGGUAAAGUUAGCUAUUCAGUUACUUAAGGAAGAAGGAAGGAAUAGAUAUUGGGAGAUAGGCAGCAACCUCUGUCACCCUCCCUGUCUCAGAGCCUGGCUGCCUGGCCCCUCUUGGAAUGGGAGUCGAGGGUCUGUUUUAAUGCUGGUUUUCACAAAACUUCAGACUUUGGGUAUAUACUGGCUCUGAAGAUUCAGUAUUGAAUGAGUUGUCCUAGGUUCCCCCUUCAUUGGGACCCUGUGGACAAGGUAUGGUGGGAGGAGCCCCUCACUGCCCCAGGCAGGCCCCAGGCCUUCCCUGAUCAGCCACUGGGUGAGCAGGGUCUGUCUUGAACUUUGCAGAACUCAUUGAGAGCGCAAUGUACCUCUACCGUGCUACGGGGGACCCCACCCUCUUAGAACUCGGAAGAGAUGCUGUGGAAUCCAUCGAAAAAAUCAGCAAGGUGGAAUGUGGAUUUGCCACAAUCAAAGAUCUGCGAGACCACAAGCUUGACAACCGUAUGGAGUCUUUCUUCCUGGCCGAGACUGUGAAAUACCUCUACCUGCUGUUUGACCCUUCCAACUUCAUCCACAACAAUGGUUCCACCUUUGAUGCGGUGAUAACCCCCUAUGGGGAGUGCAUCCUGGGAGCUGGGGGUUACAUCUUCAACACAGAAGCGCACCCCAUCGACCCUGCUGCCCUGCACUGUUGCCGGAGGCUGAAGGAAGAGCAGUGGGAAGUGGAAGAUUUGAUGAGAGAAUUCUACUCUCUCAAACGGAAUAGGUCGAGAUUUCACAAAAAAUCUAUGAGCUCUGGGCCAUGGGAACCCCCAACAGGGCCAGGAACAUUCUCCUCCUCUGAAAACCAUGACCAGGCAAGGGAGAAGAAGCCUGCCAAGAGGAAAAUCCCACUUCUCAGCUGCCCUAGUCGGCCCUUUACCUCGAAGUUGGCAUUACUGGGACAGGUUUUCCUAGAUUCCUCAUAACCACUGGAUGACUUUUUUGUUUGUUUUUGAAACUAAACUAUAACAAUAAAUCUACUUUUGACUAUCA